CACAUGCGAGGCAGGAGAUCCUGAGAUCCUCACCUCACCUCCUCCCCGCGUCCCACAGCGGCCAGUUUGCCAUUGUACGAAAAUGCCGGGAGAGGAAAACGGGUCUGGAAUACGCGGCCAAAUUCAUCAAGAAGCGUCGGCUGCGUCAAAAAAAAAUGUCGUCCAGCCGUCGGGGCGUGAGCCGGGAGGAGAUCGAGAGGGAGGUGGACAUCCUGCGGGAGAUCCAGCACCCCAACAUCAUCACGCUGCACGACAUCUUCGAGAACAAGACGGACGUGGUGCUGAUCCUGGAGCUGGUCUCAGGGGGUGAACUCUUUGAUUUCCUGGCUGAGAAGGAAUCCCUGACGGAGGAGGAGGCCACCCAGUUCCUCAAGCAGAUCCUGGAUGGGGUGCACUACCUGCACUCCAAGCGCAUUGCCCACUUUGACUUGAAGCCAGAGAACAUCAUGCUGCUGGACAAGAACGUGCCAAACCCUCGCAUCAAACUCAUCGACUUUGGGAUCGCCCACAAGAUUGAAGCUGGGAAUGAGUUCAAGAAUAUAUUUGGGACCCCGGAGUUUGUAGCUCCAGAAAUUGUGAAUUAUGAACCCCUGGGGCUGGAGGCCGACAUGUGGAGCAUCGGGGUCAUCACCUACAUCCUGUUGAGCGGAGCCUCCCCUUUCCUGGGGGAAACGAAGCAAGAGACCCUGACCAACAUCUCCGCCGUCAACUACGACUUCGAUGAGGAGUAUUUCAGCAACACCAGCGAGCUGGCCAAGGACUUCAUCCGCCGCCUGCUUGUCAAGGACCCCAAGAAGCGGAUGACCAUCGCUCAAAGCCUGGAACACCCUUGGAUUAAGGUGAUCAAGAGGAGGAACGUCCGCAAUGAAGACAACUCCAAGAAGCCCGAGCGCCGCCGGCUGAAGACCACGCGCCUGAAGGAGUACACCAUCAAAUCCCACUCCAGCAUGCCACCAAACAACACGUACAUCAACUUCGAGCGCUUCUCCAAGGUCAUGGAGGAGGUGGCUGCAGCUGAGGAAAGCCUCCGAGAGCUGGAGAGGAACAAGAAGUCCUUCCAGGAGGACAUUGAGGCCCUGCUGUCCAUCUAUGAGGAGAAGGAGUCAUGGUACAAGGAGGAGAAUGAGAGCAUCAGCCAGGACCUCCGCCAGAUCCGUCAGGAGCUGCAGAAGACGGAGACCCUGAAGAAACAGGCACAGGAGGAGACCAAGAGCGUGGUGCAGGUGGCCAACGGCCUCAAGAGGCGUUACCGAAAGCUGGAGAACCACUACGAGGCGUUGGCCAAACAAGUGGCCUCAGAGAUGAAGUUUGUGCAGGAGCUGGUGUGUUCCAUUGAGCGGGAGAAGCUGCAGAGCGGCGAGGGAGACGGCAGCAUCCGUUAG